GCGGCAGGUGAGAAGUGACGUUGUUAUUGUUUUGACGUUGAUUUUUUGUAUGAUUGACGUGUUAUUGAAAUUUUGUCGAUUAUUCUUCCCAGUUUGUUCCUUUCUCCAGAUUUUCCAUUAAAAAAAAGAUGGUUUACGUAAAUAAUGGACAGGUUCACCAGAGCCCUCCUUGGAAUUUUCAAAGAAUAAUCAGAUUAUUUGAUGGAAUUAUCAUGUUCUUCGUUCUAUUUUUCAAGUCCUUAGUGGGUAUUGAUAACAUCUCUUCAGUUGAAGAUCGUUCGGGAAGGUCUGGGACAUUCAGAGGAAGUGGACGAGGUGGAGGUGGUGGUGGUGGAGGAUGGGGUAGUGGUGGAGGAGGUGGAAGACCGUACGGUCCCGGAGGUGGCGGUGGUGGUGGUGGUGCAGGGGGGCCAAGAUUCAAAACCAUGCGAGAUAUCAACCCGCCAACAGUAGGAGGAUGCGCAGGAGGCUCCUGUGGGAUGUAACUCUUUUUGUGUAUAUUUUUGUUCAGGUGAUUGUUGUAUUUGGAUCCAGUGAUUGGUAAUAUAUUGAAGAAUAAUCACUAAUUUUAUAUAGUUGUUAAGAUAUUAAAGAAUAUUUAAUACAAAUGUUUAAAUAUAUUGUCUUGAAUGCGUCUCUGGCUCAGAAUUUGAGGUUAAUCUGACCGCCAGAUGAGUCAUCAUAUGUUUCCGUGAAUAUAUAGCCGAAUUUUU